CGGCGGGAGGCGGACGCCAGGGGGCGGCCUAGUGUUCGCCCUGCGGGGGCUGGUUUCCGGCCGCGCAGGCGCAGGAGGCCGCGUGCCCGACCCGGGGCCGCAGGAAAGAAAAAUUCUAUUUGCUGUGUGGAGAAUGGACUGGAAAAGAGAAAGAAGUGGGAGUCCAUGCAGGAAACUGUUGCCGAAGCCCAGAGUAUCUUCAAACCAGUGCCCGGGGCCAGCCAGGACACGUGAGUGACCCAGGUGUCUGGGUGGAGACCUGAGCUGGGAGAACGAAGACGCUCUUGGAAGAGUGGAUGAGCCCAGACUGGCUGAGAAUAAAAAGACACCGAUUGUGGGAACGCCGACACCCGAGCAUUUAGAAUGAACCUGGAACCUGCUGAGCACAGCGGCAUGGGCAGGAAAGCCCAGGACGGCAGCCGAGGCGCCCCCCGCAGAGUGCUGCCCCCUGCCCUGGGGCUGCUGCUGCCCAUGGCCCUCCUGAACGCGCUCCUCUACCUCUUCCUGGCCUGGGUUUUCAUCGCCCCUACCCCCUCUGCGCCGGCCUCCACUCACUGUCCCCGCGGACACUUCAGAAUGGGACAGAUGAAAAACUGUUCACCGUGGCUGUCCUGCGAGGAGCUGAGGACCGAAGUGAGGCCGCUGAAGCGUGUCGGGGAAGGAGCCGUGAAGAGAGUCUUUCUGUCUGAGUGGAAGGAGCGCAAAGUGGCGCUCUCGCGGCUCACGAGUCUGGAGAUGAAAGACGACUUCCUGCAUGGGCUGCAGAUGCUGAAAGGUCUGCAGAGUAAACACGUAGUCACCCUGCUUGGCUACUGUGAGGACGACAACACCGUCCUGACCGAGUAUCACCCCUUGGGCUCCUUGAGCAAUCUGGAAGCAACGCUAAACCUUUCCAAGUACCAGAACGUGAACACGUGGCAGCGCAGGCUGCAGAUGGCCGUGGACUAUGUCAGCAUCAUCCACUACUUGCACCACAGCCCCCUGGGCACGCGGGUCAUGUGUGACUCCAGCGACCUGCCCAAGACGCUGUCGCAGUAUCUGCUGACCAGUAACUUCAGCCUCGUGGUGAACGACCUGGACGCCUUGCCCCUGGUGAACCGCAGCUCCAGGACGUUGGUCAAGUGUGGCCACCGGGAGCUGCACGGGGACUUUGUGGCUCCAGAGCAGCUGUGGCCCUAUGGGGAAGACAUGCCUUUUGAUGAUGACCUCAUGCCCUCCUAUGAUGAGAAGAUUGACAUCUGGAAGAUUCCAGACAUCUCUAGUUUCCUUUUGGGGCACGUUGAAGGGAGCGAUAUGGUCCGGUUUCAUUUGUUUGAUAUUCAUAAAGCCUGUAAGAGCCAGACUCCUGCAGAGCGACCCACGGCACAGGAUAUUCUAGACACUUACAAGAAGGUUUUGAAUUUACUCAGAGAUACCGUGAUGUCCCAGACAAGAGAAAUGCUAUAGAAACCAGUGUCCUUCUCAGUGAAGGACAGGUUUUAGGGAACAAAUGGAAGAGUUAUAGCAAUUCUUGCUCUGACGGAGAGGUCCUUCCUCUGCAUCCACAUGCACACGUGAGUGGUGUUCGCCCCCCGGGGACCGGGGUGGAAGCUGCUGAGGGCACACUGGUUUUGGCUGAAGUCCGGCCUCACUCUCUCACGCUGAUCACUCCUGGCUGCAGAGGAGAGAAUCAGUGAAUCUAGCCAUAGCUGAAGGAAGUAACAAAAAUGUAGCGACAAAGACGCUUUUCUUGCCCUAAUUACUGAGUCUGUAAGCUCAUAGGAUAUGUAUAUAGAAAAGGUUUCUAAAUGGCAGGAUAUGAAAGAAACAUGCAGUAGCUUUCCAAAGAACUGUUUUUCUCAUUUUUUAAGGUGGUAAUCAACAUGACCAGGGCCACAGGAGUAUUUGCAAUCUGUUUCACACGGCAUUGUUGAGGCCAUCUUUAGUAUUUUAAAUGAUUGUUUAAAUGUUUAUUUUAACGAAUGUGAAAUUCUUAUGCCAUCCUCUUUCCAAAAACCUAAAGAACUAUGAGAGCAUGCUAUUUGAAGUUUUGAAUGGACAAGGAAUAUUUAGGACAGCAAGUAUGAGGGAAAUUAUAUCUAUGUUACUGCCUUGGAUGGUGCUUAUGAAAUUCCUGUUUACCUUCCAGCUAGGUUUUCUGUGUCCAGAAUUAAUUAUUGUGAACAAUUUAUAUCAAUAUCACUCAUUACUGGAAAAUGUCAAACCCUUCCACUUGAGUUGCAUGUUGGAAUCCUUUAGAAAGUUCUUUCUUGGUCACUGUCAUCCUCAUUUGUAGAUUUGGUGUGUAUUAAUCACCACUAAUAAGGUGGUUAAAGCUGACAUUGGGGGGCAAAGAUGCCCUGCAACAGAUGUUGCCUUCCCUUGAACUUGAGCAGGUGUCAGAAUCACCAGAACCAUAGGGAACUGGGUCCCACUGCAGAGUCUCUGACUCAGUAGGUCUGGUGCAGAGUCUGGGACUUUGCAUUUCUAACUGGUGCUGCUGGUCUUGGGACUACAUUUUGAGAGCCACCGUCCUUAACUGUUAGGGAGGGUACUACAAGCAGUAGGAUAGGGCAGUAUAACUAGUAUUAUGUCCUAUUUUACCACUUGUGGGGCUGAUUGGGUCAUAUGGUUGAUCAGAGAAUAUGCUUCCCUAGAGUAUUUUAACUGUCACUUUUUGUUAUAAAAACUCUGCCGCAGCCAGCCAGGAUGCCUGUGAUCAAGAGGGUGGGCAACCACAAGUGUUGUCGAGGAUGUGGGCAAUUGGAACGCUCUGGUAGAAAUGUCAUAUGGUGCAGCUGCUUUGGAAAACAGUCUGGCAGUUGCCCAAAAAGUUAAAAAUAGAGUUGCCAUGACCCAGCAAUUCUGCUCCAAGUAUUUACCCAAGACAAUUGAAAACCUGUCUGUCUACGAAAAAUCUUGCACAUGAAUAGUCAUAGUGACAUUCAUAAUAGACAAAAGAUGGAAAUAACCCAAAUGUUCAUCAACCGGUAAAUAGAUAAAUGGAUAAAGAAAAUGUGGUAUAUCCAUACAAUAAGAUAUUACUCAGCCAUGAAAAGGAAUGAAGUACUGAUAUAUAUUCCAACAUAGGUGAACCUUGGAAACAUUCUAAUUGAAAGAAGCCAGUCACAAAAGGCCCCACAUUGUAUAUAUGCUUCCAUUUAUAUGAAAUGUCCAGAACAGACAAAUGCAUACAAAUAGAAAGUAGAUUAGUGGCUGGCAGGGGGUCAGGGCUGAAGAAUGGGGAGUACUCUUGCUAGUGAGUACAGAGUUUCUUUUUUGGGGUGAUGAAAAUGUUUUGAAAUUAUAUAGUGAUGGAUGUAGAACUCUGAAUGUAUUAAGUAACUGAAUUGUAUAAAAGGACAAAUUUUAUGGUAUGUGAAUUAUAUCUCAAUAAAGCUGAGGGAAAAAAACCCACCUCUGUGCCAAGGCUGUGUAUCCCUUAUGACACUCUUCACUUGGUGUAGGUGGUUAUUGUGUGGAGUUGUUGGUCGUAUUACCCUAUUCAUGAUGUAAAUCUUGUAUGAGGGUUUUUCUUUGCUUUUGGACUUUGCAUUGGAGCGAAAUCAUCAGGCUAAACAAAUUUGUUUUGAACUAUUGACAGUAGAGCUAAAAUAAACAGCAUGGUGUGGGGGAAGGGGCACUGUGUUAGGGCCAGAAGACUGGAGUUCUAAUACCAGCCCCUCCUCUGAUUCAUUGUGUGGCCUCAGACUAACUGAUUUCUAAAAUGAGAGCGUCAGUGGGAGCCAUUUCCUCCACUGUGCUUCUCUUAAGUUCUCUCCGAUGCUUCAUCAUGCCAGUCCCAGAUGCCAACCAGGAUCUGGCCUGUCAGGGUUCAGUCAUUAGCUUGUGCUCAGACAUAAUUCAGUACCCAAAGAACUGCAAAAUCCUAAGAGCAAGUUAUAGCCUAGCUAAAGCCGAGAUGGGGAGUUCAUUGCCCAAUUAGCUGCCUGGCACUCCGCAGAAGUGUUAUCAGGAGGGGAGACCAAUGAGGUGAGCCAUUCUCAAAGCAUAGCCAGUCUUCAGGGCUCUCUCCCUGCUUACCUAUUCCAAAUGUUAAAAAAACAAACCACCGACCUAUAGGUUUAUAAUGGGCUUUCUCAUUAUCUCAUGUGAUGCUACAAACACUCCAAGCCUCUGGGGGCAUCCAGUGAUUGUUAAUGAUUCAGCAGAGACAGAACACAGGGCUGUUUCCAAAGGAGACGCGUGCAGCUGGGAGCGAGGUGGAGAGCUCAUCUGCCACAGCUCUCUGCAGAAAGG